AUGAACGUGGGUAAUGCAGGACAACAGCUCGGACUCACGCAAGCUCAAAUUCAGCAAUUGACGCAACUCGGUCUCACCGUGUCGCAAAUUGGAUCGAUGGCCGGAAUACCUGGAAUCAAUGGAAUGACUAAUUCGAUUGUACAAGCACAACCUGGGACGAAUCAAGUGGUUGCACCGUUGGUACCGCCAACUGCCGUUACUGCUCAACCGCUCGUUCAUCCGCAUGCGCCACCAACACCGGCUGUUCACGUUGUUCAACCUCAUCCCAAUCCGGCUCACGUUUCCGCUUCUCUUCCGACACCUCAUCCGCAAGCGUUGCAACAGCUUCAACAACAUGCGAUGCAACAAGCUCAAUUUGCGCAACAGCUUCAACAAGCUCAAAUAGCCAAUGCUGCUGCCGUGGGUCCGAAUCCGCCGUGUCCACCUCCGCCAAUUGGCAUACCAUCGAUGCCUUGGCCAAUCUCGACUCCAGUCUGUCAUGUGCCGUUCUUUGACAUUAAUUCGUACCGUUCGGUGAAUAUCGAUGUUCCGCCGAGUCAUGACGCUUCUGGAAUGGAUUUGCCGCUUACCGAUAUCACGACGCUCAGGUUCUUCUUCAAUCUUGGAGUUCAGCAAUCGAGAAAUCUCAUAUCGGCUAGAUCGCAGCAACAACAACAACAUCAAGCGGCCGCUGCGGCGGCUGGUAUCGUUGCUCCACAAAACCCGAAUUUUGCUGAAACGCUCAAUCUUGCCCAACAAUCAGGACUUCUACAAUUGGUUCAACAAAUGAACCCGCAGAAUUCGAAUAUUGAACAGCUGACGAAUCUGAUCAAUCAACAUGCUAUGCUUAGACAAGCUCAGCAACUGCAAGCAAUUCCUGCCGGCGGUCAGCCAAAUGUUCAAAAUUCAAUGCAGCAACAGAUGAUGCAGCAACACAUGAACGGUCUCAUGAACGCGCAGCGGAAUCAGCAACAAAUCCAGAAUCAAAUGCUUCAACAACAAAUCACGGCGAUGGUGCAGCAGCAGCAUCAGCAGGCGAUGAUUCAGCAACAGCAGCAACAACAGCUACAGCCUCAGCAACAACAAACUCAGCAGCCGCAGGCGCAACAAACUCAGUCUGGAAUUUCUGCAUCCAUUCCUGCACCAGCGCCAACCCCAUCUGCUCAGUCAUCUCAAUCUACAGCUGAACGGAAACAAACUCAAACAGAGUUGGCUCAAACCGCUGGACCGGCUCCAGCUCAAACUCCAGUGACAUCGGUCACUAAUAAUAAUUCAUCGUCGUCCCAGAUGGCUUCUAACCAUGUGAGCUCGUCGACAACCUUGACCACCACUACAUCGUCGUCAGCAAAUGCUUCGUCUUCGACUACCAACUCGACGUCAAAUGCUCAAAUCACGUCGCAGAUUUUUAACAAACCUUUUGAUCAUCAUGCAUUCCUUCUUCAGCAAGCAUUGCAAGCUGCUAGCGCUGCUAAUGCUAGUGCUGCUAACAAACCAAGCCUUCAUGAGAUUCGUCUCCAGGCUCUUGCUCAACAACAGCAAGGACAGAGCACGUCUUCUGGAUCGUCGGGAGCUACAACAUCUUCUGGAAUGCAUCCAUUCAUUCGACCAACUGAAGCUGUUAAGCAGAUGAGCAGCAGCGACUCGACAACUUCGCCGCGCCCAAUUCCAAUUGAUCCAAGUCCACCAAGAGGUGCCGUCGCUUCAAGCAGCGGUGAAGGAACUAGUGGCGAUUCGCAGUCGUCGUCGGGAAAUGAUGAGACGCGCCCAAUGGUGAAUCCUAUUGGAAUCGCCAACCCAAUGGCGUUUGCUAGAACCGCAUCGAGUGGUGCAAGUGGAAGUGGAACUACAAGCGGAGCCUCCGUUGUUUCCAGUAUUCCGUCAAUCAUUCAACUCUCCGAGGAUAAUUUUACUGAUGCCUUCAGCAAGGCUGAGCAAAAAAAAGUUGCUCAAUUGACUGCCGCUCAAGAGGCUGCUAAGCAAGCUGCUUUAGAUGACCAACAAGAAGACAAGCCAGCGCUUGCCCCAAUUUUGAUGAUGUCAUACUUAAACACGUGCAUGAGUCAGGCGAAAACUCAACUAAAUGCUAAUGGGGUUCAAGUUGGAGUGGAUGAUAACGGCCAUAUCAUCGAUUUCUCCUCCCGUCCGGUGGAUCCAAUCUUCAAAGAUGCUCGCGAAGAGUUGGCUCGUCAACGCGACUUCCGUGUUGAGCGCACAUCGCCAAAACGGCCACAUGGAGCCCAUUCGCUGGCAGCGAAUCAGCCGUCUUCAAGCCGACUUUCACCGGCUAGACCUUCUGGCUCACCCAAGAAUGAUUCACCAUCACGUAGCUUGCCGCAGCAGAAUCCACUGGGAAUCAACCGGCCGCAACGGAAAUCAGCCAUCAAUUCCAGAAUCGCUGAUGCGGUAGCCAUUCGAACUCCAGAAACUGAGCAAGAGCCAAUUAUCAACGUUGUUGGCCAAGAGGACGAUAAUGAAGAGGACAACUCAUCAGGAAAGCGUCUCCGCAUGACCGCCGAUGAAGAGUAA